AUGUUCGCAUCCAAACGGCUAGGCAAGAUGCAUGAGAAGCUUCCGCCAGGCAUAACACUUGUUCAAGCUGACGACUUCCAAACCUGGCUCAUGGACAUCAAAGUCAUGGACUCGAAUCCCAUCUACGAAGGCGAAACAUACCGCUUGAAGUUCAGUUUUAGCCCGCAGUAUCCUAUCGAGGCCCCCGAAGUCGUAUUCGUCCGCGAUGAAACUCAUCCGAUACCCUGGCACCCGCAUAUCUACUCCAACGGCAUCAUCUGCCUCGACCUGCUAGACCGCUCUGGCUGGUCUCCCGUACACAACGUGGAGAGCGUAUGUGUGAGCUUGCAGAGCAUGCUCACGAGUAACACGAAGAAGGAAAGACCUCAGGGAGACGAUAACUUCGUAAGGUACAACACCCAGAGGCCAAGGGACAUCAGCUUUGUGUUCCACGACGAGAAAGUUUGA